AACAUCCAUAAAUAAAGCCCUCUGCUCCUAACCCACAUGAUGUCAUAUAUGUUUCAGAUGAUUUCAGUAGAAAGGGUGAUAGAAUAUACAGAGCUUGAGCAAGAAGCACCCUGGGAACUCGAGUUUCGUCCACCACCAGACUGGCCCCACAAUGGAAUGAUUGCCUUGAGCAAUGUGAACUUCAAGUACAGCUCAGAUGGGCCUCUGGUAUUGAAGGACCUGACAACAGACAUUAAACCAGGAGAAAAGGUUGGCAUCGUGGGAAGAACAGGAGCUGGAAAAAGUUCUUUCAUUGCUGCCCUCUUUAGAUUGUCAGAGCCUGAAGGUAGAGUUUGGAUUGAUAAGAUCUUGACAACCGAAAUUGGACUUCAUGAUUUAAGGAAGAAAAUGUCAAUCAUACCUCAAGACCCUAUUGUGUUCACUGGAACAAUGAGGAAAAAUCUGGAUCCCUUUAAUGAGUAUACAGAUGAGGAACUAUGGAAUGUCUUAGAAGAGGUACAACUUAAAGAAAUCAUCGAAGAACUUCCUGAUAAAAUGGAUACUGAAUUAGUAGAAUCUGGAUCGAACUUAAGUGUUGGGCAAAAACAACUGGUGUGCCUUGCCAGGGCUAUUCUCAGGAAGAAUCAGAUAUUGAUUAUUGAUGAAGCCACAGCACAUGUGGAUCCAAGCACUGAUGAGUUAAUACAAAAAAAGAUCCGUGAGAAAUUUGCACAGUGUACUGUGCUAACCAUCGCCCACAGGUUGAGCACCAUUAUUGACAGUGACAGGAUAAUGGUUUUGGAUUCAGGAAGACUGGAAGAAUAUGAUGAGCCAUAUGUUUUGCUGCAAAAUAGAAACGGCCUGUUUUACAAGAUGGUGCAACAACUGGGCAAGGCCAAGGCCGCUGACCUCACUGAAACAGCAAAACAGGUGUACCUCAAAAGGAAUUAUCCAGAUGAUGAUGAUGCUCAGUGACUGUGUGGUUAUGAAUGCUUCCAAUGGACAGACCUUAAUCUUAACAAUUUUUGAGAUAGCAUUGUGAUUCUCCUGUGAAGUCAAGUCUAUUCUGAAGGCAUUUCUCCAAUAGUAUUUGCCUCGCAUAAACUAUAUUGCACUUCUUUAUACCAGCAACAAAUAUUUACACAUACAAGAUGCUAAUUUGGAUUUAUCUCUUUCCAACUUCACACAAUGAUUUCAAACUCUUACAAAA